AUGGAACAGUUUAUGGAUUUUCUGAUGCAACGGGCAGCUCAACAACAAGCACCGGCACCUCAGACUCAACAACAAAAGGCUGUGAUAGAUAAGAAUUAUGAAAGAGUUAGGAAACAAGGUGCUAAUGUUUUUCAAGGUACUACUGAUCCUGCUGACGCUGAGGAAUGGUUACGAAAUACAGAAAGGGUAAAGAAGCUUGAAUUUCUUCAGUUCAAACAGAAUGAUAUGUUAGUUGCAGAGUACGAAGUUCAAUUUUUGGUUCAGGCAGAGGCAGAGGAAGAGGUGGUAGAGGAGGUUUAA